ACAGAGAGAUUUGACGGAGCUGCUGAUGGAGGAAACGUUUGGAGCUGUCGUCUUUAAAUCGGUCUGAUCCUCUUCUGUCCAUCUGUUUGUUAACGCCGUCUCUAUGAGCAGCGAGACGUCUUCCUCCUCUGGAUUCGUCCUCAGCAGAAUUUGUGUCUUUGGAUAAACUUGAGCAGAGAUGGGACCUCGGACAGCAGUGGCUCCGUCUAAGGAGGUGAAGCGUGGAGGUCAGGGAGGAGCCCGUCUGAGGAGCAGCAGUGACGGCAGCAUGUACAGCAGGCGAGGAGUCGGCCUAACAAACAACAACUCAUCGUCAUCCUCACCUGUGCUCUUCAACCCCAAAUCAGUGUUGAAGAGACCAGUGAGCACCGAGGAGCUGCAGAGACCCGGAGGACCGUACAUCAAGAAAACCUUUACAAUUGUGGCCGAUGCAGUCGGUUGGGGGUUUGUGGUGCGAGGGAACAUGCCGUGUCACAUCCAGGCGGUGGAGCCCUGCGGCCCAGCUGCUGCUGCUGGGAUGAAGGUUUGUCAGUUUGUGGUUUCGGUCAACGGGAUCAACGUUCUUCAUCUGGACUACCGGACCGUUAGCCACCUGAUCCUGACCGGACCGAAGACUGUGGUGAUGGAGGUGAUGGAGGAAACUGAAAACUGAGCGGUGGAAGAACCUCUGCUGGACGGGCACAGAAAAACUUUUAAGAAACGCUAACAGGUGCGAGUCCUGUCUGAGGUUUCCUGAACUAUAAACCCCAGAGAAGAACUCUGGAAGAGGAAACCUUUUCAGGAACUACAUGAGAAAGAUUCUGUUUCUACACGGCGGCCAUGUUUCUUUACAUUAAUAAUAUGGAAGAUAAAACUCAAGAUCAUCUUUUGUGCUGAAUGACGGUCACAUCCUCUGAGACAUUCGCUCCUUUAGACGAGUGGCCUCAGUAAGGACUCCAAUCUGACGGCCUUUAAAGUCGGACAUGACUCUCAGAACAGGACCGAUCCUGUGCACUCAAACUAUAAUGUUAUUGUUUGUGUAGACAGAAUAACGACUUCAAAUGCACAUUUUUAAUGUUCAAGUAUCCCUCAGUCUGAUUCCUCCACUCGAGGCCUGAUUGACAGAGGGAUAGCGGAGAUUUUGAACUUGCUAAACUCGUGCAAAUGAGACAAAAAAAACAUGUAAUCCACAAACCACACACGGAGGGUUAAACGCUCCCCAAACUGCGCUGCGGAGCAAACGGCAUCUCUGUGUUCUGAUUGUCCAGAUGUAAAUGAGCUAUUUUCCACUUUUGGGGCAAAAUUGUCCCUUUGCAAUGCUGAUGAGCAUCAUUGAAAAUGUCUAGUUCACAAGCACUUGCAGCCCUGCAGAGUUGGAGUAAAACCUCUACGGCCUGCUGAGAGUCGGUGGUAACUGUAAUAAUGCUAACAGUCACAUGCUAACUUUCUGGUGAACGUGACGAUUCGACCUCAGUGUGACUCUGUAUGCGGAAAUAAACUCUGCAAACACGCUUUGACGAGACGAUUAGUUUUUUAUUUAAAGGCUUCAUUUGGGUUGUCUGAGGCUCAACCCCGGCUACAGUCUGGGCCGCUCAGCAGGACAGGGAGGAGGGUCGUCUUUUUUUAUCAGUUGGCUUGAUUUACGAUCAAGCAUACGAUGUGACAUCUGAACUUCCCAACAAACCGAUAAAGAUGUCAACCCCCCUCUCAGAGCUCGGUCAGGAUGAAAGCUUCUCUCCACAAUCAGAUGAACACAAGAGCUAUGUGUAAGAAGAUCUGAAGCUUCAUGGGCGCUUUGCGCUUGAAUAUCAAUAAGACAAAAUGCUGUGAACUGGAUCUGAGAAAACAGACGAUGGAGCUCUUAGCAGACGGGAUCCAUUCUUAGUGAAAAUGAACAUUGUUCUAGUUUGGGGUGUAAAUAUGGCCUCGGCUUAAGUGAGAGGAAAAGGAAGAUUUCUGUUCCUGUACUGCGUCCGUCCUUCUCUUCAGUAAUGCAGCUACUCUCCUCAAAUGUUUGUUUUCACUUAUCUCUUAAACAAUCUUUCAGUUUCUGAUGAAGGCACUGUGUUCUUUGUGUCAACCUUUUUAUUUUAUUUAUUUAAAACUUCUUGUUUUUCUAUUUUAAAGGAGCAAUAUGUAACUCUGACACCUUGUGUUUAAAAUGGGUACUGCAGUCCAGAUUCUAAACAUUGUAGAGCGCUGUCUCCCCCCGCCCCCUCCUCUCUAGAGUCGAUGCUCACGUAGGUUGCCAUGUGGUGGACACUGAAGCUUCAGUGUUUAUCCAGCUCUGCAUCGGUCUGUAAACCUUUCUGUGUUCUAACCUCUCUCCAUUUUUCAAAAGCAUCUCCAAUAUUGAUCCUAGUUUGAGCACGUUUCUGCUCGUGGAGCUUAUUAGAAACAUGCAGAGACUUUUUAAGUCGGGUACAAUCACUUCUAUCUGAACCAGUUCUCUUGCCCGCUUCCAUCACUGCAACACCUGUUGGUUUGACAUGAUAACUGGUCUCAUAUUUGGCAAACCGAGGGGUGUCCAAAACGGCAGUGCCUUAAAACCGCCUACCUUCUCGAGCAUACAGGACCAGAAUCUAAAGUUAGAAGGAGGACAUACUGGCUGCUGCAUUGUUGUCAGAGAAGCCAGCACUUCAACAUAGCAUGUUUCAUUAAUGUCUGAUCAUAUAGUAAGGUCACUUCAUCAUUUCACUCACUACACAUUUUACUGAGUGGACCUUUAAGGGAUGUUUCCUUUCUCUGUAUAAAGCGAUCACAGACGGUGUAUUUAUCAGAAGCUUU